UGGAUUUUUUUCCAAGGAGAUCUCGGAACACACGGGUACGAAACCACGAUCAUUUGCAGCUACCUUAAAAGUUACAAUGAUGUAAAUAUGGCAUUAAUGUUUAACCAGCUUGAACAGUAAAACAAACACAGCGAAUGGUUACAAGACAAAACUAAAGUUUAGUCGGAAAAUGUCUCAGUACUCACUGCGAAUGGGAAGGCUUGCUGCUAGAAUAUUUGGUGAUGUCGCCAGACCAACAAACACCAAGUCACGAAGAGUGGAAAGAAUGUUUAAAGAAAAACCCUUUUAUUUGCGUCCAGAGGUUGUCGACUACUAUCCUAAUUAUAAAGUCAUCAACAGGCUAGAUGUCAAGCUUGGAACUUUAGGGAUGUUCAGGGACACCCAUUUAGGUGUCAUCAAUGAGAUUCAGCGAUUGAAUGUCAUUCGUGGCAAGGUCAAGCCAGAAAAGGGUAAAGGCAGACGGGCUACUCGCAGAUAACCAGAUGUUGGAUGAACAGACUUUUGGCGAACAAGCAAAUAGUAUACGUUGUGAAAUGGAAAAUUCCCAACAUUUUGAAAUGACAUCAUGCAUUUAAAAUUAGACUGUGAUUUUUAUUUUAUUUUGAAAUUCAAGUACUGAAUUUCUGGUACAAAUUACAUUUGUCAGUUAUGUUUUGAGUAGCUAACACUCUUUUUAACUAUAACCUUGCUUUUUGUAAUAAUACUAAGUAUCAAUUGACUCUAUACCAGCAAUCUACUACAAUGUUUUAGUGAUUACUCAAUAACUGAUGUCUACCACAAUAUCACAGAUGUCAACAAGUAUCCAUCAUUGCUACAUAAGCAUAAUUUAGAUCUUUGAAAUGUUUCAGACAUGUAGACAAAAUAUUCCAUCAAAUUUUGUGUAGUUUACACACAUGUAUUUGUAACUGCCAUUCAUGACCUGUACAUUACAACUAUCAUUCAAAUUAACCUGAAUGUAACUGCAUGAUCUUUGUGUGUGCGUGUAAAAUUAAAUGAGUUAAUGAAUAAAAGAAUGCCAAAUUUU